AUGGCUAGAAGGAGGAGCACUCGUGGGAAAGAUCCCGUCGAUGGGCUUACUGUGAUGGAUGUCUACAAAGCAGAAAACAACCCUGGGCUUGUGGUACAACCAACGAUGGAAAUAACUGGGGAACGGGUGGAGAGAUGGGGAGUUUUUGACGAGAAAUAUGACAAGAAAGUGGAGAACAUGAAACGUUUGUUGGAAGAAGGUUAUUGUUUCACGAAGGCUGAUUGGGGGGGCGGUGAUGCUGGUGGACCGCUGUUCCUUUACGAGGCUGCGGGAAAAAAAAACAAAAGGCAAUUGAAGGAUGAAGAUGAAAGUGAUGGUGAACCUGUGCUUAAACAGCGUAGGAUGAGCGAGUACUAUGAACGUCUGGUUAUUGGCGAUAGGGAGAAACAAGCAGCAAUUGAGAGACGUUUGGAGGAAGUAUGCGAAGAGGUUGUAAAGCUUAAAGUUGUGACUGAGAAACAAGCGAAGAAGAUAGAUAAGCUGAAACAGAUUGUGGCAUCGAGAAGCGGAAUGAAAAGACGGAAGCUUAAAAAAAGGAACGUCAGGAAAGCAAGUGACACUGUUGUUCAUGCAGAUGGGGAUGGGAGAGCUCUUUUGGUUCCAAGUGUGGGUGAAGGAGAAGGUGUAAUUCAGAAUCAAGGUGAUGAUGUUUUGAAUGAUGUGUCCAUGACUGGUACAAAUGAUUCAGAUGAGGGACUAGGGCGAGAGGAAUCCUCGAGCCUGGAGAAGCUGGUUGGAGGGUUGAUAGGUGAAAUUGGUGACGUGGGAGAAGGAAACAGGAUUGAGGUUGCUGAGGUGGAUGUUGGGAUAGAAGCAAUCAAUAGGGUUGUUACUGAUGAUACACAUAACGAGAUUGAUGGAGACGUAAACGGUUUGCAACAGCAGACAAGUUUAGCCCAAUGUGAAGAGACUGAGAAAGAUGUGGGCGAGGGUGGGGAAAAAAGUGGACCAGGCGAGACAGAAAACAAAGUGGAGGAGGCGAAACAGAAAGUAGAGGGUACUUUGGUAAACAUCAAUGAACUGGUGAGUGAUGCUACUGUGGCUGAGGAUGAGGAGAGUGGUAGUGGUGACGAACUUACUGAGGAAGAAGAGGUGGACAACGUAAAGGCACCUGUAAUGGAGCUUAGUGAUUCACCUAUAUUGAAGUCAGCGAAACAUCAGCCUGUGCCAGAAGAGGAGGAGUUGGCGGCGUUGUUGUUGGCUAGGAACCAGUACAAUGUUUCUGAUACUUUGCCGAUGAUUGAGGAUCCGGAUUAUCCUUUCUUUAAGAAAGUGUUGCAGGCUAAUAAGAAAGCGAUUCACCUCAAUGCCGGAGGGGAGAAUCUCGACAAUCAGUUCUUUUUGGAGUUAGCAACACCACAGAAAUGGGUGUCAAGCACGGUAUGGUGA